AUGGGCAAAUGGAACUUUGACAACAAGGGCUUUGACUACUGGGUAGUCUCCAUUCUUGGCUGCCAAUCGAGCGGCAAGAGCACACUUUUGAAUCUCCUGUUUGGCACCAAGUUCCAAGUCAUGGACUCGCAGCGCGGCCGCUCCCAGACCACAAAGGGCAUCUGGAUGGGAUGUUCAGCCAACACCAUCCGCGGCAGACCCACCGAUACGUUGGUGCUGGACGUUGAAGGCACGGACGGCAGAGAGCGAGGCGAAGAACAAAAGAGCUUUGAGCGCAAGUCCUCUCUCUUUUCGCUCGCCCUGGCGGAAAUCCUCAUCAUCAAUUUGUGGUUCCAAGACAUUGGCCGCUGGGAUGCGGCGAACUACGGCCUUCUCAAGACCGUGUUUGAGCUCAACCUGCAGCUCUUUGGUAAGCACAGUUCCAGUGCCGGAUCGAAGACGCUGCUGCUCUUCGUGAUCCGCGAUCACGUGAGGGCCGUGACCCCUCUGGAGCCUCUCACCCAGGCCGUCGAGGCAGACCUCGAAAAGAUCUGGAGCGGCAUCUCCAAGCCUCCGGAGUUUGCCUCUUCGCGCGUCCACGACUUCUUUGAUAUCAUGUACACGUCUCUGUCGCACAAGAUCCUCGACGCCACAACGUUUGCCGCUGAUGUGGACACACUGAAGGAGAGGUUCACCAACCCCGAGGCCUCUGACUUCAUCUUCAAGGACGCCUACGCCAAGGACGUGCCGGCCGACGGCUGGCCGAUGUAUGCCGAGCGCAUUUGGGAAACCAUCCAAGAGAGCAAGGACCUGGACCUGCCCACGCAAAAGGAAAUGCUGGCCAUGUUCCGUUGCGACGAGCUCAUGGAAACGGCGUACCGCUCCUUCAACACUGCCGUGGAGCCCGUGCGCCAACAGCUCAGCAACCCCGAGGGCUCGUUUGUCCCUGCCUUUGGCGAGCUGGUGCGCCAAGCGGAGGAGGAAGCACUCAGCCAGUACGAAGCGCCCGCAUCGCGCUACCACACCGAGGUCGCUGCACGUAAGGGGGCAGCGCUGAAGGAGAAGAUGUUGGACGCCAGCUAUGCGCUCUUCCUGCAGCAGAUGAGGCGCAUCUACGAGGCCGCAAUCCAGCACGCCGAUACGCUCGCCAAGAAGCUCUCGCCAUCCACCUCUGAUUCCAAGGAAGGAAAAUCGCCCCAGGUCGAGCUGUCAGACCUGCCCACGCGCCUCCACGACCUGAAGGACGACGCCAUCGCCUUCUUUGAGCGGAACGCCCAAGCCUCUCUCGUCCCCGGUGUGUCGUGGAAGUACGACGAAGAGCGCCAGGCACUCCGCGAACAUGUCGAGGAGCUUGUCAAGCGCCUGCGUGAGCAGUAUGUGGACCAUUUGCUGAAGCGCAGACAGCAGAAGCUCCGUAGCGCGAUCAUGAACCAGCUGAACAAGCAGCUCGAUGUAGCGUCGAACGAGAUGUGGCCACGUAUCGCCGACCUUCACGACCACGCCCUCGAGGGUGCCAAGGCUAAAUUGCGCGUCCACCUCACUCGUCUUGGCCUCAGCGAAGAGGAGCUGAACACGAGGGAGGAAGAGCUGAGGGAACGAGCGUUUGCGGUCAUCAAGGACCGGCUCACCGAGAAAAGCCAGCACAUCCAAUACCAGAUGCAGAAAAAGUUCGAUGAGACCUUCCGCCUUGAUCCCGACGGCCUGCCCCGUCGCUGGUCCAAAGCCGACAACAUCGAGGAGACCUUCAAGGAGGCACGCCAGCAGGCCUACGGCGUAUUGGAUGCCUACUCGAUCGUGCGACUGCGUGAGUCGGAUCGUCAUCUGUCCUUCUUUGACAGCUCUUUGGACCCCUCGAGUGUGGACCCGUCCUUGGUGGUGAUAUCGGCGGACCAAUGCAACAUGACCCGCGACACCUUCAAGCGAGAGUCGGAUCCCGCUUUCAUUGAGGCCAAGCGGGAGCAGGAAAGAGAGAUCGCCGUGCGCAUUCCGCCGUUCUUCUGGGCGGUGAUGCUGAUCCUCGGUUUCAACGAGAUCAUGGCCCUCCUCGGGAACCCGCUGCUGCUCUUCCUCUUUGUGGUGCUGGGCCUGAUGGCCUACGCUGCUUGGCUUGCUGGCCUGCUCGACGUGCCCUUGCAGAUUGCUACCGAGCUUUGGUCCGAGCUCACGGGGCGUGCGAAGAGCGCCGCUGUGCAGAGUGUCAUGGGCCGCCUCACGGGCAGCUCGGGCGCCCCCGCGGCCAACAAGGACAAGAAGGACUAA